AUGGAAGAAGAAUUUGUUGAUUUAAAGAAGCCAGGACGAAGAACCAACAUAACAAACUUGCAUCAUUGUCACGUGGAAUGUUUUUACACUGUAUUGGAUAUGCAAAUUCAAGAGUUUAAUGAUCGUUUUGAUAAGAUAAACACUGAAUUGCUUGGUUGCACUGUGUCUUUGAUCCCUUUUGGUUCAUUCCACGAGUUUGACCAGUCAAAACUUGUGAGAUUAUCUGAGUUUUAUCUAGAAGAUUUUUGUUCUAUGGAGUUGAUAUCUCUUAAGCAUCAACUUGGUAUUUACAUCGACAAUAUCCGUGAAGAUAAAAGGUUUGCUGAUUUGGAGAGUCUUGGAGAUCUUGCACGUGUGAUGAUGGAGACAAAAAAACAUCUUUUGCAUCCUCUUGUUUAUCGAUUUCUGAAGUUGGUUUUAACUUUACCUGUUGUCACUCCUAUAGUCGAGAGAUGCUUUUCUGCGAUGAAAAUUGUGAAGACUACCUUACGAAACUGA